CGGGGCCAGGGCCCGGGCUUACGGCGCGCGCUCCGCCAGGGAUCUAGUCGCAGGCUGGGCGCACGCGAGGGCUGGGCUCCCCUGUCGCACGCCGGUACAGGUCCUCCGAGGCAGGGAGCGCGGCCGAGGCUGAGGCGCUGGUGCAGGAACCGUGGCCCCGGGUCCUCCAUCGCGCACGGAGGGAAGUCCACGGUCCUCUGCGGCCCCCGAGCAGCGCGCAAUGGCCCCGCGCAAGAAUGCCAAGGGCGGCGGCGGCCACAGCAGUAGCAGCGGUGGUGGCGGCUCGGGAAGCGGCAGCCCGAGCUCGGGCAGCAGCGGAGGCAGCAGCAGCCCGGGAUCCCGGAGAGAGGCAAAGCAUGGGGGACACAAGAACGGAAGGAAAGGAGGAAUUUCUGGAAGCUCCUUUUUCACGUGGUUCAUGGUCAUUGCACUACUGGGAGUCUGGACAUCUGUGGCUGUCGUGUGGUUUGACCUUGUUGAUUAUGAGGAGGUUCUAGCCAAAGCAAAGGACUUCCGUUAUAACUUAUCAGAGGUACUGCAAGGAAAGCUAGGAGUCUACGAUGCGGACGGUGAUGGCGACUUUGAUGUGGAAGAUGCCAAAGUUUUAUUAGGAUUUAAAGAAAGAUCUGCUUCAGAGUGGACAUUCCCACGGGACAAGACUGAACCACACUCCCAGCUGGAGGAGCAGACUCCUGAGGGGGCAGAACCCCAGAAUAUUGAAGAUGAAGUGAAAGAACAAAUUCAGUCCCUUCUCCAUGAAUCGGUACACAUAGAACAUGGUGAAGACCUGAGGUUAGAAGCAGACGGACCAGCAGGAGAACCACAACCAGAGGAUGAUGACUUCCUUGCAGCACCUGGUGGAGAUGAUGGGCCUGAGGUCACAGAAUCUGGGACAUUUCAUGAAGAAACUGAGGAUAGUUACCAUGUGGAAGAGACCGUGCCACAGGACCAUACACAUGAUGUGGAAGAGGUUAUGUAUGACCACGAAAAUCCAGAUCCUAGUGAACCAGCAGAAGAUGUUGACAGACUGCAUCAGGAAGAAGAUGAAGUAAUAUACCAAGACUAUGAUGAGCCAGUAUAUGAACCUUCAGAAAAUGAAGGAGUAGAAAUUUCAGAUAAUGUCGUAGAAGAAUCCAUCAUAAUUUCAGAAGAAAUAAAUGUUCCUCCUGUAGAAGAGCAGCAGGACACGCCACCAGAAACAAAUAGAAAAGCAGAUGACCCAGAACAAAAGGAAAAAGCUAAGAAAAAGAAGCCUAAACUUUUAAACAAGUUUGAUAAGACUAUUAAGGCUGACCUUGAUGCUGCAGAGAAACUCCGUAAAAGGGGGAAAAUUGAGGAAGCAGUAAGUGCAUUUGAAGAAUUAGUUCGAAAGUACCCUCAGAGUCCACGAGCAAGAUUCGGGAAAGCACAGAGUGAAGAUGACUUGGCUGAGAAGAAGAGGAGCAACGAGGUUCUGCGCAGGGCCAUCGAGACCUACCAGGAGGCAGCCAACCUGCCCGAUGCACCCCUAGACUUGGUGAGACUGAGUUUGAAGCGGAGGUCAGAGCGACAGCAGUUUCUAGGUCACAUGAGAGGCUCCCUGCUUACCCUCCAGAGAUUAGUUCAACUGUUUCCUAGUGACACUUCCUUAAAAAACGACCUUGGAGUGGGAUACCUCCUGUUGGGAGAUAAUGAUGGUGCCAAGAAGGUUUAUGAAGAGGUUCUGAAGGUGACACCAAACGAUGGCUUUGCUAAAGUGCACUACGGCUUCAUCCUGAAGGCACAGAACAAGAUUGCUGAGAGCAUUCCCUACCUAAAGGAAGGAAUUGAAUCCGGGGAUCCUGGCACAGAUGAUGGACGGUUCUAUUUCCACCUGGGGGAUGCCAUGCAGAGGGUGGGGAACAAAGAGGCAUAUAAGUGGUAUGAGUUGGGGCACAAGAGAGGACAUUUCGCUUCUGUCUGGCAGCGCUCUCUCUACAAUGUGAAUGGGCUAAAGGCUCAGCCAUGGUGGACGCCCAGGGAGACCGGCUACAUGGAAUUAGUGAAGUCUUUAGAAAGAAACUGGAAGUCAAUCCGUGAUGAAGGCCUCGCGGUGAUGGAUACAACCAAGGGCCUCUUCCUGCCUGAAGAUGAAAACCUACGGGAGAAGGGGGACUGGAGUCAGUUCACACUGUGGCAGCAAGGAAGGAAGAAUGAGAACGCCUGUAAAGGAGCUCCUAAAACCUGUGCUUUACUAGAAAAGUUCUCUGAGACUACAGGAUGCAGGAGAGGACAGAUCAAAUAUUCCAUCAUGCACCCUGGAACUCAUGUGUGGCCACACACAGGACCCACAAACUGCAGGCUCCGAAUGCAUCUGGGGUUGGUGAUUCCUAAGGAAGGCUGCAAGAUCCGGUGUGCCAAUGAGACCAGGACCUGGGAAGAAGGCAAGGUGCUCAUCUUUGAUGACUCGUUUGAGCACGAGGUGUGGCAGGAUGCCUCAUCUUUCCGGCUGAUUUUCAUAGUGGAUGUGUGGCACCCUGAGCUGACCCCUCAGCAGAGACGCAGCCUUCCUGCCAUUUAGUAGGAUUUCAUACAGGCUUGGAUGUUCUCGAGAGAGGCUGCCUUUCUGGCUCUCUGUGGAUGUGGAGAUAGAAGUUCAAAUGCCGUGACUCUUCAUUCCCUUGGAUUGCAGCUGAGGAACUCUAAGGCUCCUCUUGGAUUAGAAAUCACUGAAGGGAAUAUUUGCCUUGCUGCAGUUCAGUUAUAAAGCACCUUGUUUUACAUCAGUCAUGACAGCACAGAACAGAUGCCUAGAUUUAAGGGGAACACUUCGUUGCUUCUCCCUUGCCAGCCAAAGAUAUUUUUCUACAUAGAGUCUAAAUCAAUGUACAGUGAGAACAUAAUGUAGAAACUGUGAAUGGAUCACUUAGUUUGUAAUUUUUCUAUGCAGUUAUAUUUUUCUAGAGUAGCUAAAUUGUUCUAACGUCACCAUAUACCCCUAUGUUUUUGUUGGCUUUAAUAACAGCUGGUAUAAAUGCUUUACUUCUGUUAAAUAGUAACUUUCCUUGUAAAUUCAGACUUCUCUCUUUUCAUCCUUCAUAGUAAAAAAAUACUUGUGAGGCCGGGCGUGUUGGCACACGCCUUUAAUCCCAUCACUCGGGAGGCAGAGGCAGGCGGAUCUUUGUGAGUUCAAGGCCAGCCUGGUCUACAUAGUGAGUUCCAGGACAGCUGGGGCU